UUAUUUUUAUUUUUUAAUUAUGAACGCCAGGAAAUGUGGCGUUCAAAUGGGCGAUUCUUCUGCUAUCGACUCAUUCUUUGUUUUUCUUUUCUCUUUGUUCGCGUUCACACACUGUUGAAAUAUUGAAGCUUUGUGUUGUUGGAGUAUCUCUAUGGAUCCUUUGCCUCUGUGGAAAUUUUCUAUUGUCUAGGCUUUGCAGAACAUAAGGUCGAUCUGUGGGUUAGAUGUGGUGUAGCAUAGAUUAAAAAUAAUGGAUUAAUAUUUUAUUGUGAUUUAGUGUUAUUAAAUUAUGAUUUAAUUUUCAAAUUUUUUGUUGGUAUUGUCGAAAUGCUUGUUUGGGAAGGGCAAUCUUGCUUCACGUGAUUAUUUGGUUGCUGCACUGGAAAGCUUUUAUGGGCAAUGCACUUCUGUUCCUGCUCCAUUUUGGACAUGCUCGUGGGAAUUUGGUACCUUAGAGAUAUCUGGUGCCUGUUUGUGUUUAUUUCAAAUGCUAUAAAUCGGUUUUGUCAUAACAUCAUUGUUGUCCUCUGACAAAGAAUCAUGGAUUUAUUCUAUCACUAUGCCACAUUUUGACAUUGUAUUGUGCAUUCUAAGAAUCCAUUUUGUGCUACUGAGCGGAUAAGGCUUGCAUCAGUGUAUUUUGACAUCUUCUCUAUUUUUUAGGCACGUCCUAUCUCCUCUCGCACCAUUUUUAAAUUUUUUUUAUGUAGGAAAAAGGAAGUAAGUUGAGAAUAUAUUUUGUGGUAACAUCAAGAAAGUGUAUGUCUCAUUGGUGACCUUAUCGAUGCUGGAAGGCUCACAUGCAAUCAGUCUUGUUACAACAUGAGACCAACCAAUCCAAACUAGUCAUUCUUGACUCGGUGGGGUUUUGCUGUAUUUUCUUGUCAUCCAUUUUCCCUACAUUUCUUGAAAAGAGUUGCAUACCCAUGUCAGAAAAUGAGAAGGCUAUAAUAAAACCAGAGGCAAUGAAGCCCUUUAUAUGGCUCCAAUGUGCUGAUGGAUCCAUUCAACAAGUUGAAGAGGAGGUUGUGAUGUUCUGUCCUAUGAUAUACCGGGAGAUCCUUCAGACAGGGAUGGGUUCUUCUCAAAAUUCUGCUAUAUGUUUACCUGAUCGCGUCAACCCUGCUAUUCUCAGCUUAAUUUUUGAAUAUUGUCGAUUUCAUCAAGUACUAGGCCGCUCUAACAAGGAACGAAAAUCCUUUGAUGAGAAAUUCAUCAGGAUGGACACCAAAAAACUAUGUGAGUUAACUUCUGCAGCAGACAGCCUCCAGCUGAAGCCAUUGGUUGAUCUCACUAGUCGUGCAUUGGCUCGUAUGAUAGAGGGGAAGACACCGGAAGAAAUUCGUGAAACAUUUCAUUUACCUGAUGACCUUACAGAGGAAGAGAAGCUGGAGCCACUGAAAAAUGUAAAUGAUGAUCCACGAAUACGGCUACUCAAUCGGCUAUAUGCUAAGAAACGAAAAGAAUUAAAGGAGCGUCAAAAAUUAAAGGACAUUGAAGCAGAGGAAGAAAAGAAAGAUGAACGCUCAGUUGAUGAAAUCUUAUCUUUUAUCAAUGGAGAAGAAGAUUCCAAAGGUGUUAAUGCUAUUAAAAGUAAGAAAAAGAACAGGAAGAAGAGAGAUUCCCAUAAAGAUAUUUCUGGACAAGACUCAACCAGACUCAAGAACAAGAAGGAAGCCAACUUUUCUCCAAGUGCAAGUCAAUGUUCAGAUGCCCGAGAUAAUGAUGAUGACACUUUUCCAUCAAAUGGUGAAUUUGAAGAUGGUGAUAUUGAUGAUUUGGAUCCUGCUGUUAAGGAAGAACUUGAUAGAGAAGUAGAAGAUUUUGCCAGGAGAUUGAAUUCUGAUUGGCCUGAAAGAAUGCAAGAAUUCUUGUCUUUGGGACAAAACCAAAAACUUGUUCCGAAUAGAGCUAGUUCGCACGGUUCACUUCACGAGACCACAGGCAUGGACAGGAGAUAACGAGUGCUACCUCAAUCACUUUAUACAUGGAGAACUCUAAUGAGAGAACUCACUCCUGAACUUUUUGUUGCUGGCUAAAAACCAUCUUGUGGGAAACUCAAGAGACUUUCCAGUUUUCUUUUCGAUUCUUUUUUAUUUGCAUUUUAAAAACUUAAUGCCCUUAGCCAGUAGGCAGAGUUGCCUCGCCCAUCUCUUCUGUAAAAUUUUGCUGCUCCUGUUUUUAUUUUGUAUUUUGUAUUUUAAUUUUUGCAUGCUGUAACAACUGGAGAUGGUAAAACUUAACAUUAGCACUUACUGCUACAAUCAA